AUGGCUCCAAUCGUGAAGGAAUGUGACUUCUUGGUCAUUGGAGGGGGUAGUGGUGGACUGGCUUGCGCCAGGAGGGCGAGCGGCAUGUACGGCGUCAAGACGAUUGCUGUUGAGGCCAAGAGACUCGGUGGAACGUGUGUGAACGUUGGAUGCGUGCCGAAGAAAGUUACCUGGAACGCUGCCGCUAUUGCAGAGACUAUCCACGAAGCAAAGGCAUAUGGGUUCAAUGUGGAGGAGACAGCCCCGUUCAACUGGCCGCUUUUCAAGACGAAGCGCGAUGCAUACAUCAAGAGGCUCAACGGAAUAUACGCACGCAACUUAGACAACGAUAAGGUCGAGCAUAUCCACGGUUAUGCUACUGUGACUGGCAAGAACGAGGCGACCGUCAAGCUCAACGACGGCACCGAGGCUACCAUUCGCGCAAAGAAGAUCCUGCUCGCCGUUGGUGGCCACCCAAUUACACCACAAGACGUUCCCGGCGCGGAGCUCGGCACGGACAGUGACGGCUUCUUCGAAAUCGAGACCCAGCCCAAGAAGGUCGCCCUUGUCGGCGCUGGAUAUAUUGCUAUCGAGUUCGCCGGCAUGUUCAAUGCAUUGGGAACGGAGACCCAUCUAUUCAUCCGCCACGAGAAGUUCCUCCGCUCUUUCGACCCCAUGAUCCAGGAUGCGAUCGUGGCCGAGUACGAGCGCCUUGGUAUUAAGAUCCACAAGCUUUCGAAACAAAACAAGAUCGAGAAGGACGCUAAGACUGGUCAACUGUCUAUCCACUACGAGGAUUCGGAGGGCGCCGGCGUGCUAGAGAACGUCGACUCGCUCAUCUGGGCUAUCGGUCGUGCCCCAGAAGUUAAGAGGCUUGGUCUGGACUCCGUAGGUGUCAAGCAAGACGCCAAGGGCCAAAUCGUCGCAGACGAGUAUCAAAACACCAACGUCGAGAACAUCUACUCGAUUGGUGACGUUGUCGGAAAGUGGGAGCUUACACCCGUCGCCAUUGCUGCUGGUCGCAGGUUAGCAGACCGUCUCUUUGGUGGCCCUCAAUUUGUCGACUCCAAGUUGAACUACGAGAACAUCCCAUCUGUUGUUUUCGCACACCCAGAGGUUGGGUCCAUUGGACUUACAGAGCCCGAGGCGAUUGCCAAGUACGGCAAGGACGAUAUCAAGGUCUACAACACCAGCUUCACGGCUAUGUACUACGCCAUGAUGGAGCCCGAGGACAAGGGCCCAACGAAGUACAAGCUUAUUUGCCAGGGACCUAAUGAGAGGGUGGUUGGCCUGCAUAUUCUUGGCCUGGGAUCUGGAGAGAUGUUGCAGGGUUUCGGAGUUGCGAUCAAGAUGGGAGCAACGAAGAAGGACUUUGAUAGCGUCGUGGCUAUUCACCCAACAAGUGCCGAGGAGCUGGUCACCUUGAAAUAG